AUGCCAGGUCUUCGGAGACUUUCCAGCGUAGGGGAGACCCUCCCUCGGCGCAGCAGGGAGAAGAUGAACAGAGCUCCUGUCGACGAUGCCUUCUCGGACACAGAAUCCGAAUCUGACGUCGCGAGCCAACUGAGUGCCCAGGCUGGUGUGAAGCGCUUAGAGGCGACCGCGGCUUUAUGGUCGAAGUGGUCUCUCGUUUUUGCAUAUGGCGGUCUGUAUAUGAUGGCAUAUGCCACUUCGCUGGAGGGACAAGUGACCACCAACUUGACCGUGUUCGCCACUAGCUCGUUCAAGGCACACGCGCUUAUCUCGACGGUCUCGGUGAUCCAAGGAGUCUAUAGCANNAUUGUCAAACCGCCUAUGGCAAAAGUGGCAGAUGUCUGGGGACGCUUUGAAGCCUUUACCUUCAGCGUAUUCUUGUUCACCCUUGGAUACAUCCAGCAAGCCGCGGCAAAUAACGUCAAGACAUAUGCAGCAGCCCAAAUUUUCUACUCAGCAGGCGCCACUGGACUUCAGAUUCUCCAACAGAUCUUCAUUGCAGACACGAGCGACUUGUUGAACAGAGCUAUUGUAUCGACGAUCCCAGAUAUUCCAUACCUUCUGAACGUCUGGAUCGGACCUCCAAUCGCAAAUUCGAUACUCAAGAAUCUGACCUGGAGAUGGGGAUACGGUAUCUGGGCUAUUGUUCUGCCUGUUGCCUACCUACCACUCGCUCUUGCUCUAUCACUAAACCAAAGAAAGGCUUCGAAGAUGGGAAUCUUACCACCAUCACCUUUCGUCGGCAAGGACUGGUUGUAUACUCUUAAAAGUCUGUGGUUCGAGAUGGAUAUCUUCGGACUUCUGCUUCUUCUCGUUGGCGUUGCUCUACUGCUGAUCCNNCCCCUCACAUUGGNNGGAGCCAGUGCGCCAGGGGAGUGGAGCAAUGGAAGCAUCAUUGCAAUGCUAGUCUGUGGUCUGGUCUGCCUCUGUCUCUUCCCUCUUUGGGAGCGCAGUUCACGUCUGGCACCCCGAGCAUUCUUUCCUCCUCAUCUUNUCCAAAGCACGACCGUCAUUGCAGGUGUGCUCAUUGCAUUCUUCUACUUCAGUAAGUUUGACGCUGUUCGUGAGAGACGAUUGAAACUAACAGCAUGCANNGUGGUGUACUACCUUUCCGUGCAGCCAUAUUUCUACUCCUAUCUUCUGGUCGUGCAGGGCAAAUCUGUCUCAGCUGCUGGCCACAUUACCCAAACAUUCACCUUCACAGCGACUGUCACUUCCAUCUUGACUUCCAUCAUCAUCAAGUAUACCAAGCACUACAAGUAUUUUGUCACGGCUGGUUCUUGUAUAUAUCUCCUCGGCGUCAUCAUGAUGCUCCGAUAUCGUACAGAGGGCGUGUCAGACGCAUUCCUCAUCGGCUGUCAAGUCUGUGUCGGCAUCGGCGGAGGCAUGUUGCAUGUACCUGCUCAGCUUGGUGUUCAAGCGUCUGUUGGACAUGGCGAAGUUGGUGCUGUGACAGCUGCUUUCCUCACCAUUCUUGAGAUUGGCGGUGCCGUUGGAUCAGCAAUCUCGGGUGCUAUCUGGUCAGCGAACGUGCCUGUCAAGCUCGCCCAGUACCUACCGGAGGAAACACGCGACCAGGCCAAGGAGAUUUUUGGCAGCGUGAAAGUCGCAUCUACCGAAUACGCGAUGGGCACACCAACACGAAUCGCUAUCAACCGCGCCUACCAAGAGACUAUGACCAAGAUCCUUACUGUCGCCGUGCUCGUCUGCAUCCCUCUGAUCCCGCUCUCGCUCAUGAUGAAGAACUACAAACUGGACGAGAUGAAUCAGCAGGUGAAGGGUACUGUUAUUGGUAACACAAACGAACCUAGCAGUCCCUCANGAAAGGGAACCUUUGCUGCCUCGUCUUCAGGUCAUCGUCGUUAUGAUAGUGAAGACGAUAUUGACUACGAUUACGACCGCACAAUCAGAAGCGUGGCCAGUAACAACGGUCUAAGGACAUGGAAGUCAAAUGCAAGCAUGCAUCUGAAUGAUGACUAA